AUGCUUCCUAACACCAUCUUCAAUUCCCACCCUCACAUACCAAAACUCCCCAUUCAUUUUCCAUUCCAUUUUUCUCACAAUUUCAAACUCUGCGCCACCACUUCACAUUCCGAAUCUGAUUCCGACUCUUUCACUGUCUCCUACCUCAUCAACACCGUCGGUCUCACUCCCCAGAAAAACCCAAUUCAGUUUUCACCUUCUUCAGAAACCACGGUUUUCCAGACUCCAGCAUUAAGAAAAUCAUCAUAA